AUGUUUAUACUGAGUAAGAUAAAUGACCUGGUCAGAAUUGCUCCGGAUCAGUUUCAUCGAGAUACUGUGUAUUCUGUGACUCACCAGUUGAAUAAGAAAUUCGCCAACAAGAUAAUUCCGCAUGUUGGGCUUUGCAUUACGAUUUAUGAUUUACUAGAGGUGGAUGAAGGCCAAUUGAAGCCAGGUGAUGGAGCUUCAUAUAUAUAUGUGACCUUCAGAGCACUUGUAUUCAAGCCUUUUGCGGGCGAAGUGAUCACAGGCUGGGUUUCGAAGUGCACUGCGGAGGGCAUCAAAGUGUCUUUGCUUGGUCUAUUCGACGAUAUCUUUAUACCCAAGAAGAUGCUUUUCGAAGGUUGUUACUACUCUCCAGACGAUAAUGCUUGGGUUUGGCCAAUGGAUGAAGAGACGAAACUUUACUUCGAUGUUAAUGAGAAGAUUAGAUUCAGAGUAGAGCAGGAGAUCUUUGUGGAUGUCAAGCCAAAAUCACCUAAAGAGCGAGAGCUGGAAGAGCAAGCUCAGCAGCAAGAGAUGGAGGAAGGUUUACCGCAAACCGCAGUUACAAAGCCACCCGCUUACGCUAUACUGGGCAGUUGUCAAACUGACGGCAUGGGUGUGGUGAGCUGGUGGGAGUGA